AUGCCCAAAAACAGCGCCAUCACCAACUUCUUCAAGCCCGUGCCCAGGUCCUUGCAGCCAGCAGCGUCCUCCCAACAGCUGCCAGAAACACCCGCUAUUUCUCGGGAUUCCCCGCCCCCGCAACCACUAUCCUCAUUGCCUUCCGGUCUGCUUUCUUCGUCCCCAUCCUCACCCAAAAAGCCUUCUAGAGAUCGGGACGCGGUGAUCAAGGGAUCAGAUGACGAGGAUGAGGUCUUGAGCUCUGACGAUGACUUCCCUGAACUCCCCGGCCUCCCCUUUGGCCAUCGAAAUUCGAAGCCAAAGUAUGAUCUCGCUGCUCUGCGCAAGCAUGAAGAGGCUGAGAGAGCCCUCCAAGAAAGUGAGAAGCGAAGCAACGCCCUGGAAGCCCUGGGCUCACCGUCUACCCGCUUCGCCGCAAAGCUAAAGCAACAAUCAAGCAGCAUCCAUGAUUCAUUGUUGGACGUCCUCCCAGAUGCGGAAGGAAGCCAGGACGAGAGCAAGGUCCGGCUGCUCCAGGCCGUAGCCAGAACUGAGGCCACCGUACUCCCGAAGCAGUGGUUCUUCUUUGAUGAGUCAAGUCAGACCAGCACCAUUCCACUCGAAUCUCGGUCCUUAUUCCCUAAGGGCAUGGCAAAAGGGGUUUGGGCCUUUCUCGCAACGGAAGGUCGCCGGAACGAGGUGUUUGAAGACGGUCUCCCCCUUCGCGUUCAGCGCAAGAUGCAGAAUCUGCCAGACGAGAUCUUUCAAUGGGUGCUUCAGGAAGUCUUCCAUGAGAAGUCCAAAAAGCUUCGUGAUGAAUACCUGCGGCUGCUUGGGGCAUGUCCAAGUCAGAUCAGGCGGCUUAUGGACGAAGAUAAAAUUACGUGGCUGUUCCAGAAUGUUGGUGCCUCAGAACGUGCACUUGUUGUGGGCUCUCAACCAGCUGGGGGUUCAGACCUACCCACGAGUCGUGCCCCAUGCCCAGAGCAACAGCGAGACCUCCUUGGAGUUGUCUUGCGUAUUUUGAAAGAAACUGCCCACUCGCUUGCUUUCAAGUCCCUUACGCGGGCCAUGACUCUUCUCCUCCGUCUUGGCAUGGACCAUCUGUGCGGUAACGUCAGCGACUCUCUCUACCAUCACACCCCGGAAGCAACAUUUCGCUGGAAUGCGGUCUCGUCUAUCCCGCCGCUUCAUCCAAGGUUAGUCGAGCUCCGACGCAGACUGGCACUCGUCUUCGUGUUUGACGACCCGCAACGCGCGUACCGCCGUCCCGAAGACACUUUCAGCAUGCGGUCCGUUAUUGACCGCCUUGAACAUGGAGAUGGCUUCGUUAUUGACCGCAGCAGCACCGACUUCCUUGAGUUAUUUGCACUCACGCAACUUUUGGCAGUCGCUAUUGGAGACGGAUCGCCACCUCCCGGUAUUCCGCAAUCAGAAGCAGUGAAGCAAUUCGAUGCAGAAGUGGAUGAGGUUGCGUAUCGCAUCAGGCACAUCUUCUCAAUGAUACCUGAACAAGGCGCAGCAUACAUGUCGAGAACUGAAGCACGUGGGUUGCUAAAAGACUUGGAGCACAAGCUCCUGUUUGCCGUCCGGACGCGGAGUCCUCCCAAGACAGAUGCCUUUGGGCUUAAUCAGCCUAGCGAUGGAGUGGAACUGGCCAAGCAGCAGGAGUAUAUGAAGAACUUUCUUACCCGUAACCAACACUCCUCUCAAUAG